AUGGCUUACGUGGGGAAGCUGUACCAACAUGUUAGUGACGAAAACUUCGAAGCCUUCGUCAAAAGUUUAAAUCUCACAGAGGAGCAAGCCACUGGUUUCCUGAACUACAAACCUGACCAGAAGCUUGUAAAGAAUGGUGACACUUACACCCUGACCACCACAAGCACCCUCAACAGCAGGGAAGUCAGCUUCAAGGAUGGUGUGGAUUUUGAUGAAACAGUGGUUCCAGGUCGUGUGGCAAAGACAACGUUCACAUUCAACGGUAAUACUCUGAUCCAAGUCCAAAAAUACGAUGACGGCGUUGUGAUUACAACGAAAAGGGACUAUUCCGGCGACGAACUUACAGUGACGGUGCAAAAGAACAAGGAUGGCCCAAUAGCAAUUAGACACUACAAAGCC